UUUUAAUACAAGCUCACGAGCUUGUAACAAGCUCACGAGCUUGUAAUAAAAGCAGUUUUUAAUCAAAAUGUCCAAACCUGCAGGGCAUUUUUGUUUCGCUUCGACUCGAUGACACAAAAAGAAAACACAGACAAAUUUUCAAAAGAAUUUACUAAAUAAGAAAACAAUAUGGCUGCGCAGUCGGAAGCUUUAUCGAAAUCUUUUUCCCAUUUUCGCAAUCGAAACUUUGACAAGAAAACUGAUGAUAAAUUGAAGUUGCAGGGGGAAGAAAUUCUUCGCAAGCAUGCGCCAGAGAAAAACAAAUCAAGCUGGAUAAAUGCACAUAACGUUUUCUGGAUGGUUUCAGCAAUGGCUGUGUUUUAUUAUACAGACUUCUACAUGGCAUUGAGAUAUGAUCCCAGAGUCGUCAAACACUACCUCUAUCCUGGUUUGUGUUGUCUUGGUGCAUCAGUGUCAAUUGCUUUGUAUUUAAUCGGCUACUAUCAUUACUACUUGGGGAUUGCUGAUUAUGAGAAUCAUUCACCUUAUGCAGUCCCUUUGUCUACCAUCUUGUUCUUUAUUGCAAUGUUAUGCUUAUGUGUAGCGCUGUGGCCAGUAUGGAGUGUUUUGACGCCGUUUAUUCUCUUUACACUGUUCAUGGGUACCAUCUUCCUGUUCACAAUAAUACCAGUUUGAAGCGAAUGUUUGAAGAUCGAAUUAUUCCGUGUGUUGCAUCUUUAUGAAGAAAGUCAAGGAACGGAAACUUGCUGUUCAUCUACAAGAUUAUUAUUUGUUUAAGUUCGUGCUAACAGAUAAGACAGCAAUUACGCUUAGAUUUUUGUCACGUUUCCUCUGAAAUGUUGACAAGAAAUGACGACAUUUUAUAUGUGGUUGGUUGGACAUAGUUAUUGAAAGGUUAAAUUGUAAUAUUUAUUCGUUUGUUUCAAUUGAAUUUAAAGAAA